ACUAGUCAAACUUGUCUCCUCGCGUCGCGGCUCGUCAGUGUCUCCUCUCCUGCGCGUCCCGCCGGAGACAUGAGGCGGAAGCAGAAGCGGCUGCUGCAGGUCGCCGGGCUGCUCGUCGCGGCGCUGCUCUUCCUGCCGAACGUCGGACUGUGGUCGUUGUACCGGGACCGAGUGUUGGACAACUCGCCCGACAACACGGAGGACGGACCCGGAAGGGACGGACCGGGAGGCGCCGCGCCGGAUCAGGAGUUGACCCAGAGGAGGAAGGUCGCUCAGCUGGGACUGGACGGCGUCCGGCGGACAGACUGGCACGACUACGACGCCAUCAGGAGAGACGCCGCUCGCGUUGGUGACGGAGAACAGGGGAAGCCGUUCCCUCUGUCGGACACCGAGCAGGUGGACCAGGCCUACAGGGAGAACGGGUUCAACAUCUACGUCAGCGACCGGAUCUCCCUCAACCGCUCCGUCCCCGACAUCCGCCACGCAGCCUGCAGACAGAAGCUGUAUGCGGAGAAGCUUCCCAACACCAGCGUCAUCAUCCCGUUCCACAACGAGGGCUGGUCGUCGCUGCUGAGGACGGUUCACAGCAUCUUCAACCGCUCACCUCCGCAGCUCAUCGCCGAGGUCAUCCUGGUCGACGACUUCAGUGACAAGGAGCACCUGAAGGCUCCGCUGGACGACUACAUGUCCCGAGUACCGAAGGUUCAAAUCCUGAGGACCAAGAAGAGGGAGGGGCUUAUCAGGACCCGCCUGCUGGGAGCCGGCGCCGCUAGAGGAGAAGUCAUCACCUUCCUGGACUCGCACUGCGAAGCCAACGUCAACUGGCUGCCACCGCUGCUGGACCGAAUCGCCCAGAACAGGAAGACCAUCGUGUGUCCGAUGAUCGACGUCAUCGACCACGACAACUUCGGCUACGAGACGCAGGCGGGCGACGCCAUGCGAGGGGCGUUCGACUGGGAGAUGUACUACAAGAGGAUCCCCAUCCCCCCGGAGCUGCAGAGGGACGACCACAGCGAACCCUUCGAGUCACCAGUGAUGGCAGGUGGACUGUUCGCUGUGGACAGGAAGUGGUUCUGGGAGUUGGGAGGAUACGACACAGGUCUGGAGAUCUGGGGAGGAGAACAGUACGAGAUCUCCUUCAAGGUGUGGAUGUGCGGAGGACGGAUGGAGGACAUCCCUUGUUCCAGGGUGGGACACAUCUACAGGAAGUACGUCCCCUACAAGGUCCCUGGUGGGAUCAGCUUGGCAAAGAACCUGAAGCGCGUGGCCGAGGUGUGGAUGGACGAAUACGCCGAGUACGUGUACCAGCGCCGGCCCGAGUAUCGCCACCUGUCGGCGGGAGACAUGACGGCGCAGAAGGAGCUGAGGAGUCGGCUCAACUGCAAGAACUUCAAGUGGUUCAUGAGCGAAGUGGCCUGGGACCUGCCCAAACACUACCCACCGGUGGAGCCCCCUGCUGCCGCCUGGGGGGAGAUACGAAACGUGGGCAGCAACAUGUGUAUGGAGAUCAAACACUUUGUGUCCGGGAGCCCGAUCCGCCUGGAGAGCUGCGUGAAGGGGCGGGGCGAGGUGGGCUGGAGCCACGGACAGGUGCUGACGUUCGGCUGGAGGGAGGACAUUCGAGUGGGAGACCCCAUGCACACCAGGAAGCUUUGCUUUGACGCCAUUUCCCACAACAGCCCCGUCACGCUGUACGACUGCCACGGCAUGAAGGGCAACCAGCUGUGGCGCUACAGGAAGGAUCAGAGUCUGUAUCAUCCCGUCAGUAACAGCUGCGUCGACAGCAGCGCGAGCGAGCGGCGAGUCUUCAUGAACACGUGCGACCCGGCGUCCAGCAGCCAGCGGUGGAUGUUCGAGAGAACCAACGCCACCGUGCUGGAGAACUUCAACCAGGACAACAACUGAGGCCACUGGGCAGCGCGACCACGCUUCUUCCAAAGGAAAGGAUCAAGGAUCCGUGAUUUCCUUUGACCAGGUUAGAAAUGAAGCUACUAUAUGAACAAGGUGCUGCUUUAAAAUCAUUCCCCUUGGUGAAGCAGUGAUCCAUUGAUCCAGUGAUCCAGUGAUCCAGUGCACUGGCUCCAGGGGGCAGUCGGACCACACAUCCAGAAUCCAAUCAUACAGCCUGAGCUUGUGACAGGGAAGGAGGUUGGGAGAACCACGGUGGAACUUUCCGCAGGGUGGGAAAACCAGGUUGGAACUUUCUGCAUGGUUGGAAAAUUACCGUGGAGCUUUUUGCAGGGUGGUAGAACCACGUUGGAACUUUACGCAGGAUCGGAGAACCACGUUGGAACUUUACGCAGGGUGGUAGAACCACGUUGGAACUUUACGCAGGAUGGGAGAACCACGUUGGAACUUUACGCAGGGUGGGAGAACCACGUUGGAACUUUACGCAGGGUGGGAGAACCACAUUGGAACUUUACGCAGGAUGGGAGAACCACGGUGGAACUUUACGCAGGAUGGGAGAACCACGGUGGAACUUUACGCAGGGUGGUAGAACCACGUUGGAACUUUACGCAGGAUGGGAGAACCACGGUGGAACUUUACGCAGGGUGGGAGAACCACGGUGGAGAACCACGGUGGAACUUUACGCAGGGUGGGAGAACCACAGUGGAACUUUCCGCUGGGUGGGAGAACCACAGUGGAACUUUCCGCUGGGUGGGAGAACCACAGUGGAACCGUCCUGUGGAAACAAACUUCAGUUUGGACCUAAAGACUUGCUGGUUUGGAUCUGACAAACUGACGCUGCUGGAUUUACUGUUUGGGUUUUUAGUUUUUGCCUCCAGAAUUCCAACACUGGGAUCUGCCUGCUCCUUGUUUUCAGUCAUGGCACCGGAACACUUUUGGAAACUGAGGAGGAAAAGUACAUUAAUGUGACUUAUUUCAUCAAGAUCAGGAUCUCAUCUUGAAAAUGUAAUUAUUUUUUUACUUCCUAAUAAAGUAAAAUGAAAUGAC